AAGACAGGCAUCUAAUUCCUAUAAACAUUUUCUUUCACUGAAUUCUAAAAGACAGCCAUGGUUUUUCUCUUACAGAAAUUCUACAUUUUCCUAAUUAAUGUAUUAAAAAUCUGUCACUUAUAUGCCUUUAGCAGGUUUCUGCUCUGUUAUUUUCAAGAUCUGUACAAAAAACAUCAUAGAAAAUCUUAAAAAAAAAAAAUCAAGUAGCAGCAAUACAGCCCCAUCUAAGGAAAAGGAACUGCUUUUCUAUAACUUUUUUGUCCUCCCACACUGGACAAUACUGGCAGGCUGAGAUUUAACCAGAGAUGGGCUCCUUUUACAAGAUUGCUUAUAUAAAGCGAAGAUAAGGCCAGGUGGGUUCAUUUGAAAGAGGACAUCUUGGGAAGAGCCGACAACACAGCUACUGGAAUAAGACCGCAAUGAAAAGCUGAAAUACUUAAUUCCUUCCUGUCUCAUCAUUGCAAGAAAUGGUGCCUGGUACUAUUUAUCUGCUGGUCAUCUUGGCUCAAGCUCUUGCAGGGCCCUGCACUCCGAAUAAAGCAGAUGUAAUUCUGGUAUACUGCUACCCUAGAACCAUCAUUACAAAAAUUCCAGAGUGUCCUUACGGAUGGGAGGUUAAUCAGCUGGCACUUGGAGGCAUUUGCUACAAUGGGAUCCAUGAUUCAGGAUAUUACCAAUUCACAAUCCCAGACCUGUCACCGAAAAAUAAAUCGUACUGUGGGACACAGUCAGAGUUUAAGAACCCCGUUUAUCACUUCUACAACUCCAUUGUCUCCAAUGACACCUCAGUGAUUGUGAAGAGCCAGCCUGUGAAUUACUCGUUCACCUGCACGUACAAUGCCAACUACCUGGUGAACCAGGCUGCCUUUGACCAAAGGGUGGCCACCGUCCACGUGAAGAAUGGGAGCUCUGGCUCAUUUGAAAGUCAGCUAUCCCUCAACUUCUACUCUAAUGCCAAGUUUUCAAGCAUAAAAGAAGCCCCUUUUGUCGUUGAAACAUCAGAAAUUGGUUCUGACAUAUUUGCUGGAGUGGAAGCUAAGGGCUUAAGUGACAGGUUCAAAGUAGUUCUCAACAACUGCUGGGCAACUCCCUCCUCGGAAUAUUUCUAUCAGAUCCACUGGCCUCUCAUCACCAAGGGGUGUGCCACAGACAACUCCAUUCUUGUGCAUGAGAAUGGGAAAACAAGCCGGGCGACCUUCCAGUUUAAUGCCUUCCGCUUCCGAAACAUCCCCAAGCUGUCCAAGGUCUGGCUGCACUGUGAAACGCACGUCUGCGACAGUGAGAAGUUCUCCUGCCCGGUGACAUGUGACAAACGAAAACAGCGCAUGGAACAAACUGGAGGUGUUUUGGUGGCUGAGAUCUCUGUCCGCAGCAAAGGUUUAUCCAGAUUUUACACACUCUCAGAUAUCAUCUUCCAUCUCCUCUUCACGACUGGAUUUUGCGCCGUUUUAUUAUAAAAUGAAGCUUAGCUGUGUUUCUUAACUUUUCCCCAUCCUCUUUGGACCUGGACUUCUUUACUGAAGAUGUCUAUUUUACAGAGAAGAAAUGAAAGUCACAAAAAAUCCUUGUGCACCAUUUCACCAGAUAAAUAAACCAUUCCAUUAGCUUUGUGCCUCUAGUAUCGGAGAACCCCAAAGCUGAUUCACCUCUCUGAGAUCUCUGCAGGUGUUUUAACUAAUGAAAACCCAAUAAUUAUGUAUUUAACUCAUGCCU